AUGUUUUUGAAUGUCACUGCCACUGGUAAGCAUUCUUGGGCACCUUCAUCUGGUGUACUUCCAGUUGAAAGUGAUGAUGAUAUCAAUCCAUUUGAAGUUAACGGUGAUUUGAAUGAGUCUGUGCCAAUUGAAAGCACUCAAACUACAAACAAUGUGCCAAGAAAGAGAAAUAAUCAAUCACUUGAAAUUCAAGAUAAUAAUGAGAAGAAAGGUAAAGGAGGAGGGAAAAUGGGAGGUGCUGCAAAAUUAUCACUGCAAGUAAAAAUCGUUAUUGCAACCAUGGCACUUCAUAACUAUAUAAGAAGACAUGCCAAACGUGAUUGUCAUUUUGAUGAAAGUGAAGAUGACCUAAAUAGUAUUCAAGGUGAAGAAAUUGAGAUAGAGGUUGAUGCACAACAAGAAGAUGGUCCUACAACACAAGAAAUGGAGGCAUUGAGAAAUCAUAUAGCCGCAAGUUUAAUGAGUUCAUCUACAUAG